AUGCUAAACGGAAACGUAGAGAGACUGUGGAUAUUUUCAAAGAACGCCCAGAAAAUAUACCAGACGAAUGUGUUGGGAGAGACACUACACUCGAUUGACGUUGAUCCUGGAUGGCAAGUAUCAGGAAUAUGUGUAACCCGCGAAGAGGAACUUCUCGUCUGCUGCAAAGGCGAUCAGACUAUCAAGAAAUGUACGAAAAGCGGUUCCUUGAUUGAUUUGAUCAACAUGGCUCCCCUGAGACCAUUAGCGAUUUCGACUUCUUGGCUAACUGGGGAAAUACUCGUUGGGGCCAUCGACAGUUCCAUUUCUGAUGAAGACUCUUUCCGUUCAUCAACGGGACGCAGGGUUGUUUUCAAAUACACCAGUUCCGGUGAAAAGACCACUGAAAUUCAAUUCGUUUCCCUUGGAGUGCCAUUAUUUAACAUUCCUUGGAAAAUUCAAGUUGGAACAAAUGGAGACAUUGCCGUCUGCAAUAUGAAAAGUGAAAAAGAAGGAGAGUUGAUUCUUCUGGAUAAAUAUGGUCGAUUGAAGUUCCGAUAUGACAGCAAUGUUGAUGAUACCAAGACAAAAUUUUGUCCUGUUGGAAUUUGUUUUGAUGACAAAAAUAAUGUUGUUGUGAGUGAAGCCCAUUCUUAUUCCGUGCAGCUGUUAGACACUCAGGGUCAGUUUCAGGGAGUCCUCUACAGAAACAGGCGGUACCCUCCCACCGAUAUCGUGAGAUGUACAAACGGAGAUCUGAUGGUUGGUUGUUCUAGCGGCAAAGUGCAUAUCUUGAAAAGUAACUGA